GCUCUUAACUCCGAGUCAACUCUGAUCUGUGACAUCGUUUCGUACUGCUGAAGUUUGAUCGCCUGUUCCGAAGUAGUGUGAAGAAAUUAAAAGGCAGAAAUGAAGACUGAAAUGAAGAAGACGCUUCUUAUGAACAUGUUUAUCAAUAGAUCUUAUUUGUUACUUUUCGUUUCAUGGAGUGUCUCCGCCGAUAAAUCCGCGCAAUCAAACCCAAUCAGAGAAGUGAUCUUUGAUUCAAGCAAACAGAGCAGUCUGCAAUGGACGUCCUCUCCACCAAAAUCUUGGAAAGAAACAUACAUGCAGCUUGGGAAGGAUUAUAAACACUAUGUCUACCAAGCCUGUAACCCCAUAUUCAGUAAGAGUCCCCAGACAUUAUGGACCAAUUGGAUACCCAAGCAAGAUGCCCAUGAGAUUCGGCUGGACCUUAGUUUUGCCCAAGAGGACCAGCAACCUGUCUAUAUUUAUGUCCAAGGAUCUGACCAACCUCAGGAUCAAUACUUUGGGAGACCACAGGAAGCUGUUCAUGAGAUCACAGCCCAAAAUCAAUUUCCUGUUGGAGAUUUUCCUCGGGAUGAGAACCUGAACCAUGUUCAGGGUCUUUAUUUAGGAAAAAUCUUUCAGAAGGGCUUUCACCUAGGAUUUUCCUACAGCGGAGGGUGCAUUUUUAUUGCUUCUGUCCAGCUAUUCUUCAUGAAGUGUCCAACAUUUUCAUGGAGCCAAAUGAAGUUUGAAGAAACACCAGCAGGAUCAGGGUUAAGAAAGGGAGUAUGUGUAAAUAAUGCAGUGGAGAUCUCUGCCCCAGUGAUGAAGUGUCAGUCAAACGGGACAUGGGGUCCACCUCAGGGAUUAUGUGCUUGUCAUGCAGGAUACCAGGCCGAGGGAAACAUUUGCAAAGCUUGUAGGUUGGGCAGCUUUAAACCAGCAAAUGAAAGUGGAGGAUGUUUGCCUUGUCCUCCCAGAAGUACAACACAUCGAGAAGGUGCAUUUCAGUGUGACUGUGAACAGGGUUAUGCACGCCUGCAGAGUGACCCUCCCCAGCUGGGAUGCACAAAACCUCCAUCAUCCCCAGUCAACUUAACCUCCCAGCAUUCAAGUGACACAGCUGUGACUCUACAUUGGGCUCCGCCUGCAGACCUGGGUGGAAGAGCUGAAGUUGAAUAUGAUGUGCAGUGUAAACAGAGACAAGAUGCAUCUGGGGAUCAGUGGGUUCCAUGUGAGAACACGGUGUUGAUUCUCCCUUCCACCACUGGAUUGAAAUACACAGCAGUCAAUAUCACCAAAAUCGAGCCUGAACUGGAUUAUCAUCUGUCUGUCACAGCACGCAAUGCCAUAUCUAUUAAACUUGGAACUGAUCACUCCAUACAGUCAACUAUCAUCUACAAAGCAAGAGAUCCAUUCAGUAUAUUGCCCAGUCCUGGUCCCAUAACCCAUCCCAAACAGGUGCUCUUUUCUGGUCUAAUUGCUGCUCUACUGUGUGGUAUCCUGAUUCCCUUCAUUCUCAUAGCUGUAUUCUUCUUUGUAAGGCGUCGCUACAGGAAACUCAGUGAUGAUGAGCAAGCGGUGUUCAUAUCCCACACUGGUGUGACAUUUCAACGUAUUGACGAACCACAAUACACAGCUCAAUCUGAGCAAAUCACUAGCUCAGUUCAGAUGCUGGAGGGGGUGAGUUCCAGACUGCUGUGUGGUCUAAGAGAUGUGCUGGUGGAGCGUACUAAAUUAACGAUGGGCAAAGAGCUUGGGAAAGGAGAAUUUGGGGCAGUCUAUGAGGGCAUAUUUUCCCCUCAAGGAGGAGAAGACAUCAAAGUGGCAGUGAAAACCAUGAGAGUUGGAAUCCACAGUCAAGAGGAUCUGGAGUCCUUUCUCAAGGAGGCAGAAAUUAUGCGAUAUUUCGAUCAUGACAAUGUAGUUAAAUUGCUUGGGGUUGCACUAGAACGAGAUCCACAGUCCUCCAUCCCUGUACCUCUUGUAAUUCUUCCAUUCAUGAAACAUGGAGACCUACGGCGCUUUCUUAUAGCCACUCGCUACGGCGAUGUUCACAUGUUUGUGCCUUAUCAGAGUCUUCUGCGUUUCAUGAUUGACAUUGCUGCAGGAAUGGAGUAUCUCAGCUCUCAGGGUUUCAUACACAGAGACUUGGCUGCUCGUAAUUGCAUGUUGGGGGAUGACCUGCGUGUGUGUGUAGCUGACUUCGGCCUGUCUAAGAAGAUCUAUUCCAGCAACUACUACAGGCAGAAAGUGGCUGUGAGAAUGCCUGUAAAGUGGAUGGCCAUAGAGAGCCUGUCUGAGUCUGUUUACACUACUAAGAGUGAUGUGUGGUCUUUUGGAAUAACCAUGUGGGAGAUCACAUCCAGGGGGAGGACACCUUAUCCGGGCAUCCCCAAUCAUGAGCUCCUGGACAUGCUGGAAAGUGGACACCUUCUCAAACAGGGGGACAACGACAGCAAUUUAUAUGAGGUGAUGUUGAGCUGCUGGCACAGAGAUCCCACUCAGAGGCCAUGUUUUGGAGAGCUGGGCCAGAAACUCAAAGCUCUUCUAUCUGAGCUUCCUCCCCUGGAGGCCAGCAAGGACGCCCACUACAUCAACCAGGCCCUAGAGGCAGCCAGUGAUCGGCAGGAUGCUGCAGAGGACCUGGAUCCUGAGGUGGAAGGGGCUGUAAACAACAUAUAUCUACCCGAACCUGUUGGCAGAUUUGUGUGCAAUUCCAGACCAGUGGAGGAAAAAGAGGAGGACGGAUACCUGCUGUGGAAUAAAAAUGAAUGAGCAUGGGCCAUGCUUGGUCUCUAUUGGUACUUAUGGCACAUACAGGGCUAGUUGUCACAUGGUGACGUUGAUAAAAGGGCUGUAAUCUCACUAACUAAUUUUGAAUCAAAAGUGCAGUUACACAAAUACAGUAUUCUUGUUUUCUCUAGAAGAGGUUUUGUAUGUUGUUUUCAAACACCUCAACACAGUUUUACAGUUUUUCUCAGUCACGUUGGCUCAAUUCUUGAAUGAGAAUAAUUCUCAAAACAUUAAGUUCAGAUCUCUGAACGGUUAGUUUCUUGUUCACACCAUAUUUGAAUUUCGUAUUAAUUUAAGCAAAUUGCACGUGUUUUGGCACACGUGUGCAUAAAAGUACAAUUGUCUACAAUUUGCACAAUAACUAAAUGCAUAUAGCUUGCUGAUCAAAACUGAGGAGUUGAUUCUCAGUGAAACUGUCAUAUUCUUCACAACUUCUAAACAUUCUUUCGUGUGAGCCAUCACAUGCAAAAUGAUCCAUUCAGUUAUCAAAAUCUGUCAGACAUAUAUAUAUAUAUAUAUAUAUAUAUAUAUAUAUAUAUAUAUAUAUAUAUAUAUAUAUAUAUAUAUAUUAGUUAUAUUAUACUUGUUGACCCCUCUCCAAACAUAGCGCUUAUGGUUGUGACCAUAAAGCUCUAUUUUGGUCUUGUCACUCCAAAUUACAAUGUGCCAGAAGUUGUGAGGCGUGUCAAGGUGUUGUCAGGCAUAUUGUAACCGGGCUUUUUUGUGGCAUUGGCUUCUUUCUGGCAACUCGACCAUGCAGCAAAUUUUUGUUCAAGUAUCGUCGUAUUGUGCUCCUUGAAACAACCACACCGUCUUUUUUCAGAGCAGCCUGUAUUUCUCCUGAGGUUACCUGUGGGUUUUUCUUUGUAUCCCGAACAAUUCUUCUGGCAGUUGUGGCUGAAAUCUUUCUUGGUCUACCUGACCUUGGCUUGGUAUCAAGAGAUCCCUGAAUUUUCCACUUCUUAAUAAGUGAUUGAACAGUACUAACUGGCAUUUUCAAGGCUUUGGAUAUCUUUUUAUAUCAUUUUCCAUCUUUAUAAAGUUACAUUACCUUGUUACGCAGGUCUUUUGAAAGUUAUUUUCUGCUCCCCAUGGCUCAGUAUCUAGCCUGCUCAGUGCAUCCACAUGAGAGCUAACAAACUCAUUGACUAUUUAUACACAGACACUAAUUGCAAUUUAAAAAGCCACAGGUGUGGGAAAUUAACCUUUAAUUGCCAUUUAAACCUAUGUGUGUCACCUUGUGUGUCUGUAACAAGGCCAAACAUUCAAGGGUAUGUAAACUUUUGAUCAGGGCCAUUUGGGUGAUUUCUGUUAUCAUUAUGAUUUAAAAAGGAGCCAAACAACUAUGUGAUGAUAAAUGGCUUCAUAUGAUCACUAUACUUAAAUAAAAGACAGUUUUUUUGCAUGAUCAGUCAUAUUUUCAAAAUCAAUGCCAAAAUGUCACAAUUUCUGCCAAGGUAUGCAAACUUUUGAGCACAACUGUGUGUGUGUGUGUGUGUAUAUAUAUACAGUAUAUAUUCCAUAAAUAUCUAUGACAUGGAAUGUUUUUUUAUUGUUGCGUUUUUUUUUUUUUUUUUUUGCAUGGAUGUCAUUUUAUGGCAAUUUUCUGUUCACUAUAUAUGACUUAACAUGUAAGAAAUGUGUAUAAAUGGACAUGCAAAUCUGAAUUUUCUGUUCACAUGUAACUCAUUGCUACAAAAAUACAUUUACAAUGUGCAUAUCCUUUUUCUGUGUACUACAGUAUUGUACAGUAUUGUCUUUUCCCAGUAAACUUUUAUCUACUGUUGAUAUCAUUAUCUAAAAAGCUCCAUGUGAUACACGAUAGCAUUCAGCUAGACAAAACUGACAUUCCUGUAUAGUACAGUAAGCAGUCAGUGUCAACAAAAAUGUAGAACAAAAAUGAAAUUUGUGUAUAACAAACAUUUCCAGGGUUGACUACCAUGGUAAAAAAAACUCAAUUUUUUUACCAGUACGGCUCACACGAUGACAAAAAAAAAAAAGCUUUUCAUUUUGGUGGUAUUAGCCGAUUUACUGACACAAUAACUAGGUUUUGAAGCAUGGAUUAAAUGUUUUGGGUGAGUUACUACAUUUUGCAGACAUGCAAUAGUUGCGAUGUCCCAUAAAACAGUUGUGACAAUUGCAGUUUAGAGAAUGUUAAGACUGUUUCAAAAAAUGAGCCAAAUCUAUUUUGGGGGUGGGGGGUUGUGCAUGUUGAGGUCACAAAUAUAAUGGUCCUCUUUGGUCCUUUAAUAUAGUAAAGGCUCUGAAUGCAAUAAUUUUCUGAAUAAAGACUUUAAAUGUGAUAAAGGCCCAAAAUGUUAUACUUUUUGGUUUUAAAAGAUACACGUUCACACAGAAGUUCGCACAGUACAAGACAAACACUGUGUCUACAUUGCUAGCAAUUUGCCUGUUGUAUUAAUCUUUUCCUUCUUUUUUGUGCUGUAUGAUCAAAGAAAUCAUUUUUUCAUCAUUGAUGUAUCUGUAAAAUGACAUGACUGUGUCAGCUGGCUAGCAAAAAGAAAAUACACAAAAUUAUUUACUGCCCUCAAGUUGUCCCUCAU